AAGGGCACACCGUCAUAGUGGACCAAAACCUCCGCACAGCAAACAAACAAGUGACCUAAAACCUUAUGUUUCAUAAAACACCAGCUGAAUAAGCUCUUUCAUGAAAUUUCAUACUACACUCGCUGUUGGAGGGCCUGCUUGGGUUCCAAAACGGUGAAAAAAUUCUCUCAAAUCUGUUAACCGACAUAAAUGCAGAAGAACACCCUCUGCAAAAGCCAACAAAGCCAACGCUAGCGGCUACAAUGAAAACUCAUCACUCGAAAAAUAACAAUGAUUUCAAGCAUCACAGAAUGAAAGGCGCCGAUAAAAGGCAAAGGGAUUUCGAUUAUGGGGGAGCGAAGAACCAGAGAACCAACUACCAGAAGCAGCAAUCUAAAGGAGAAGAGAGUGUGCCAGCUUUUGAAAAAUCUUUUCCUAGAAAAAAUCUUGAUCCUGAAACAGUUCAGUACUAUACAGAAAUAUCAUCUCUCCUUGAAAAGAGUACCACUGACACAGAGGAGAGGGCUAUCCUUUGUUCAAAUGCUCUUGAUGAAAGUCGGGGCAAAGAGUUCCAACUUGUGUGCGAUAAAGUUUUCAGUAGACUAUUCGAAAAUCUCAUCUCGAGCUGUGAAAGGGACCAGCUUUGCCAAUUUCUAUUAAGAUGCAUCAAAGUUUUUCCCUCUAUUUCAAUGGAUCAAUCAGGAUCACAUGUUGCUGAAGCUGCAUUGAAGUCACUAGCUUUAGCUCUCCAAGAUUGUGAUACAAGGACAGAAAGUCAUGCACUCAUCAAGGAGGUAUUAACUAAUAUAUGCCAGGAAGUUGCCGAAAAUGUUCUUGAUAUUAUGUGUAACCAAUAUGGAUCACAUGUCUUGCGUAGUCUUCUAUGUCUUUGCAAUGGGACAUUGCUCGAGUCUCUAGACAAAUUUCACAUGAGGAAUAAUGCCUCUACUCUAGCAAGCAGGUUGAGUGGUUUUACAUUCCAAUCGCCUACAAAACAACUUAACUCAGCACCAUUGCAGGCUUUUCCUAAAUUGUUAAAAUUCACUGUUAGCAAGAUCCUUGAAUAUUCCAGAUAUAGGAUCUCUGUUAUACGAGCAGACACUUUUGGUGGCCUUGUCUUUCAGACCAUUCUGAGAUUAUUAAAGGGGGACGAUGAAGCAGUGGUAAAAGUAAUAACUGUCCUUUUGGAUUGUUUUGAAAAUAACGCCUUAAAGGAGGGAAAGAUGUUAGAAGAUGCUUCACGCCAGAAUGUGUUGGAUCUUAUGAUGGAUCCAGCUAGCAGUCAUUUAAUGGAGGUUAUUUUGGAAGUUGCACCUGGUUAUAUCUACAUGGAAAUUUUGAAUCGCUAUUUUCGGCAUUCCUUGUUGGAAAUUGCCACUCAUAAAUCAGGGAAUUUUGUUGUCCAAUCGUUGAUUUCCUCUUCAAGAGAUGAGGGCCAAGUGAAUAUGAUUUGGGGGGAACUUGCUUCAAAGUUUCCAGAGCUACUAAAAGAGAGAAAAUCAGGGGUAAUUGCAUCUCUAAUUGCCGCUUGUCGCCGUUUUCAUACACAUGAACGUGAGUGUUGUCGAGCAUUAGCCCAUGCCGUGAAUUUUGAUUCUGCAUCUCCAAACUGCAUCAUACCACGCAUUCUACAUCUAGAGGAUUUCUCAUACAUGGCAAAAGGACGAGAAUGGCAGUGGCCAUCUGGAAAUAAGAUGUCAGUUCUUGGUUGUUUAAUGCUGCAAAAUAUUUUCAGCUAUCCGAAUGAUUUCAUUCAGCAAUUUUGCUCAAGCAUUGCAUCAAUGGAAAUAGAUCAUAUUUUACAAGCCGCAAAAGAUCCUGGAGGUAGUCGAGUUAUUGAGGCCUUCCUUUCUUCCAAAGCUCCGUUGAAGCAUAAACUGAGAGUUAUAUCUAAGUUUCGUGGCCAUUUUGGUGAGUUGGCACAGCAACCGUUUAGCUCAUUUACUGUGUCAAAGUGCUUUCUUGCAGCUGAUGUGGCUCUUAAAGAAGUUAUAGCAUCUGAACUCACCUUGGUGCAAGCAGAACUCUCAAGAUUAAAACAUGGUCCGCAUCUAUUAAAAACUUGUGAUAUUACCAGGUAUUCAAAAGGUCCUGAACAGUGGAGGUCGUCCCAAAGUUCAAAGCAAUCAACGCGUCAGGCUUUCAGUGAGGUGUUUGGUUCUGAUGUUGAGAUCAGGCAGGAAGAUGAAAACGGGUUGGUGUCAUUUGAUGAGGAAGUCAAAGAAGUGGUUAAAAAGAAAGGUAAAAAUAAGAGGAAAAGAGAACAAGACAAUAUACAGAGUGAGUUGGAGAAGAAAUUUUUGAAUAAGCAAGGUGCAUCAAAACUUGAGAAUUCAAUGGUUGUGUUGGGGUUUGACAUGCAUAAACAAUCAAAGACAAACUAUGCAAAUGGAAAAUCUAGAUCAAAUGAAAAUGAAUCAGACAAUCACAGGGUUAAGAUAGGCAAGACAGUUCCAGCAGUUUUAGAAGGGGAUUCUUUAGAAAAAUCUGGAAAAGAUGAUAUUGACGAGAUUUUCUCUAAGAAUUCAAAAACAAACAAGUCAAUUACAGGGAGGAAGGUGAAUGAAGUUAACACAAAUUUUGCCAGCAUUGUCCCUGAUCAAGCAUGCAUUGAUCCUUCCUUAAGUAAUGUCCUUAAUAUUUUAGAAAGGGGCUCAAAAAAGAAAAAGAGGGGUCGCAGCAAUGAUCCAUCAACUUCUACUAUUAAGAAACAAAAACAGGGGAAACAAAUGGUUUACAUUUAAGAACUUUAUCCUCUGUUUAUGCGGCUUUACUUUUUGUUAAUGUAUUUAUGUUCCUGGUACUUGUACUUUGAAAAUAUAUUUUGACAUAUGCAUUUCUAUGAAACAGUGGAUAUGUCUUUCAGGAAUAUAUUGCGAGUCACCAUUUCUUUUAUCAAAAUGAAGAUUGAGUCACUGAAAGCUGAAUGGACAUAACAAUUUUCUUGGACU